AUGACGCCAUCCAGCCAUGCGGAACGAUCCUCCUCUAAAGCAACCUCCAAGGAAAGGUUUUCAUCCUUUGACACACCCACCAUUAAUAAUGAAAACGAAGAAAAGGCCUUUUCGGACGCCCCCAUCAAUAUGGGACUCAUCAAUCAGCGCCGCAAAAGCAUUCGAGAUCGUCUGAAUGCGACAGAAAGAAGAGAAUGGAUGCGACCGUAUUGGCUUGGUUUUGGGCUCUUUCUGCUACUCUUUGCCUUUUGGUUGCUGGAUUCUCUAAAAGAUCCCAUCUUUGCUCGCUUGGUCGAUGGAAAUCUCAAUAAGCAUCAACCACCGGCCAAACUUUGCAGUGUCGCCACUACACUUUUGCUGGUGUGUCUCAUGGAAUAUCUUGCAAAUGUUAGACAACGAAGUGAUGCACAGAAGCGAAAGAUAGUUCCUGAUCCCGAUAUAUUGGAAGAUGAGGUUGGUGCUUGGAAUCGUAUGCCCAUGAUGGACGCAGCAGAACACCAAAAGCACCACGCUCUGGACGAUCAAAUUUCCAUUUCGAUUUUUGCAACCAUUGGAAUUCCAUACGCUGUUGCCUUCACUGUUAUUGCCUAUUUGGUCUACAAAUUUGAACAAGUUGAGGCACAAAUAGAGGAAGGCGUCGAUGUGUGGUACAUCUUGGCAUAUGUUUUGUAUGCAACAAUCGAAUCCUUUGGGUCACUGGCAGUCACCUGCUUUUGGUCGUAUACCAAUUCCUCCUUGUCAUUACAAGACGCCGAGCAAUAUUAUGGGACCAUUAUUGCUGUGGCCCAACUUGGAGCCAUUGGUGGUAGUACCAUGGUUGCGAGUGAUCAUUGGACAGCUCCAUCGUUACUGAUUGUGGUUUCGUUGGUGCUGGUGUUACAAUUGAUGAUGAUGAGGCUAUAUAACAGUCGCUUCAAGCCCACCAGUGUCUUGGCAAAUGACGACGAUGCAAUAUCACUCCGUACCUGGCAAGACGACAACGUUACCGUUACCAAACCUUUCUGGUCGGGAAUAUACCUGAUACUACGGCACAAUUAUGUUCUCCUCAUUUUGGGUGUUUCUUGUCUCUACGAAAUCGCCUUGACCUGUCUCGAUUAUCAAAUGAAGCUCUUGGGACUGGCCAAAUUUGAAAAGUCCUCAAAAGAGGAGACCAUGUCCUUUUCGGAAUUCAUGGGACACUAUGGCCAAGUGGUCAACCUGACCAGUUUCGUCUUUUCCUCCAUUGUUUUUCCAUUUUUAAUACGAAAGUACGGCUUGCGGAUAACCCUUCGAUUCUUUCCCACACUCUUGUUGGUGUUGACCCUUGUUGCCUACGGGGCGGCUCCUGGCAACUUGCCCGUAUUGUUCUUUUCAUUGUCCGUUUUGAAAGCCAUGACGUACAGUGUGCACGAUCCCUCGAAGGAAAUCUUGUACAUUCCGACUUCCAACGCCGUGAAAUUUCGGGCCAAAUUUUGGAUUGAUGUGGUUGGAGAGCGAAUAUCCAAAGCUAUCGGGAGCGGUUUCAAUACCCUUGCUGGUAACGUCGACCGUAGUGUACGAAUUGGCAGUAUCCCUAGUUUAUUGUCGGCCAUUGGAUUGUGGAUCGUCUGCUACUAUGCAGGGAUUGAAUUUGAUCGGUUGCUCGCGACUGGUCGAAUAGUGGGCCUGGAACAUGGGGUGGACCCAUCCACCUACAAGAGAAUACCAAACGUGGAUGACGACAACGACGAUGACGACAUGGAAAUCACCUUUGACGAAAACGAUGUGGACAAUAUCAGUACACUGGAUUCGUUGCAUGAUAGAAUACAAGAUAGAGGAGCUCCACAAAAUCCGCACAUUGUGGAGCUUCCAAGUUUGGUGGUGCGAUUAUGA